UCGAUUAAUUAAUUACGGUCUGUCGCUUUUCAUAAACCCUAAAGCUAGAGCCAUCCAAAUCCUUUUUGCUCGAAGAAAAUCCAGAGCCACCGUUGUGGGCAAGGGCAACUCUCGUGCGCGGGUUUCCUCGUUUUCUCGGUGGUUAAAUUAUUCCUCUGAGAAUAAGGUAUGGGGUCUGAGAAGAGGAAGCAGCUGGAAGAGAGUAAGGAGGAGGAUUCCGAAGCUCCGCCGCUGAAGCAGCAGAGGGAGAAUGGCCGUGUGGUGAUGAUGAUGAAUGAGCCCGUGGCUUGCCUGCACGACGUAUCGUAUCCAGAGGGUUAUGUGCCCCGGCCAUCGGCCACCGGCUUGAUAAAUCAACAGCACUCCAAGCCGGCCAAAGAAUUCCCCUUUACUCUCGAUCCUUUUCAGUCCGAAGCUAUUAAGUGCCUCGACAAUGGCGAAUCCGUCAUGGUUUCUGCCCAUACCUCUGCCGGGAAGACUGUUGUGGCACUGUAUGCGAUAGCUAUGUCGCUGCGGAACAAGCAGCGUGUUAUAUACACAUCUCCGAUCAAGGCGCUCAGCAAUCAAAAGUACCGAGAGUUCAAGGAGGAGUUUUCUGAUGUGGGAUUGAUGACAGGUGAUGUCACCAUUGAUCCCAAUGCUUCUUGCUUGGUGAUGACUACGGAAAUUUGGCGGAGCAUGCAGUACAAAGGAUCUGAGGUUGUCAGGGAGGUUGCAUGGAUUGUUUUUGAUGAAGUGCAUUACAUGAGAGAUAGAGAGAGAGGUGUGGUGUGGGAAGAAAGCAUUGUAAUGGCCCCUAAGAACUCCCGAUUUGUGUUUCUCUCAGCUACUGUUCCUAAUGCCAAGGAGUUCUCUGAUUGGGUUGCUAAGGUUCACCAGCAACCAUGUCAUAUUGUUUAUACUGAUUAUCGGCCUACACCUCUUCAGCAUUAUGUCUUUCCUUCUGGAGGAGAAGGUCUUUAUUUAGUGGUUGAUGAAAAAGGGAAGUUUCGGGAAGAUAGCUUUCAGAAAUCCCUAAAUGCACUAAUACCAACUAAUGGAGACAAAAAGAAGGAGAAUGGAAAAUGGCAGAAAGGCUUAGUGUUGGGUAAAGCAGGUGAAGAGAGCGAUAUAUUUAAAAUGGUGAAAAUGAUUGUAUCACGUCAAUAUGAUCCCGUCAUAUGUUUCAGUUUUAGCAAAAGAGAAUGUGAAGUUCUUGCUAUGCAGAUGGCUAAACUGGACUUAAACAAUGAGGACGAGAAAACUAAUAUUGAAACAAUUUUCUGGAGUGCUAUGGAUAUGCUAUCAGAUGAUGAUAAGAAGUUACCGCAGGUUUCAAAUAUGCUUCCGGUGUUGAAGCGAGGAAUUGGUGUGCAUCACUCUGGUUUGCUGCCCAUUCUGAAAGAAGUUAUUGAAAUCCUGUUCCAGGAAGGACUCAUCAAGUGUUUGUUUGCUACUGAGACGUUCAGCAUAGGUUUGAACAUGCCUGCAAAAACUGUUGUUUUCACCAAUGUUCGCAAAUUUGAUGGAGAUAAGUUUAGGUGGUUAUCUAGUGGGGAGUACAUUCAGAUGAGCGGUCGUGCUGGUCGACGUGGAAUUGAUGAUCGUGGGAUCUGUAUUCUUAUGGUUGAUGAGAAGAUAGAACCUUCUACAGCCAAGUCAAUGCUGAAAGGCAGUGCAGAUCCUCUGAACAGUGCAUUUCACUUGAGUUACAACAUGCUUUUGAACCAAAUCCGAUCUGAAGAUGGUGAUCCUGAGAGUCUGUUAAGAAAUUCUUUCUAUCAGUUCCAAGCAGAUCGAGCCAUUCCUGAUCUUGAGAGACAAGCAAAGGUUCUUGAAGAGGAGAGAGAUUCUAUUGUUAUAGAUGAAGAAGAUAGCAUAGAAAAUUAUUACUCUCUGCUACAACAAUAUAAAGAUUUGAAGAAGGAUGUUCGAGACAUAGUUUUUUCUCCAAAACAUUGUUUGCCGUUUCUGCAGCCAGGCAGGCUUGUUUGUAUUCAAUGUUCGAAGAAUGAUGAGAGUUCCCCUCCCUUCUCUAUGCAUGAUGAAGUUACUUGGGGAGUGAUAAUUAAUUUUGAGAGGGUUAAAGGCGGGUCUGAAGAUGAUGCUAAGAGGAAGGUGGAAGAUGCAAGCUACACUGUGGAUGUCCUCACUAAGUGUAAAGUGCAGAAGGACGGAGUUUCCAGAAGAACAAUCAAGACUCUUCCAUUAAAUGAACCUGGGGAGGCUGCUGUUGUUUCAAUUUCUAUUUCACAGAUUGCUUCUUUGAGCAGUAUCCGGCUAAUAAUACCAAAAGAUCUUCUUCCUCUAGAAGCUCGAGAAAAUACACUGAAGAAAGUGUCCGAAGUCAUCACUAGAUUUGAAAAAGAAGGUGUUCCUCUUCUAGAUCCUGAAGAUGAUUUGAAGGUUCAAAGUAGCUCUUAUAGGAAAGCGUCAAGAAGAAUAGAAGCCCUGGAGAACCUUUUUGAAAAACACAAAAUAGCCAAAUCUCCACUGAUAGAGCAACAGCUCAAAGUUCUGCAUACGAAAAAAGAGAUUAUUGAAAAAAUCAAAUCUAUAAAGAGAACAUUGAGAUCUUCCUCAGUCUUGGCAUUCAAAGAUGAACUUAAGGCCCGGAAAAGGGUACUUAGGAGACUCGGAUAUAUUACAAGUGACGAUGUUGUGGAGUUAAAGGGGAAGGUUGCGUGUGAGAUCAGCAGUGCAGAUGAAUUAACGUUGACAGAGCUUAUCUUCAGUGGACUUCUGAAGGACAUAAAAGUGGAGGAGAUGCUUUCAAUUCUAUCAUGUUUUGUAUGGCAAGAAAAGCUUCAGGAAGCUCAAAAGCCUCGGGAUUCACUCGAGUUACUAUUCACUCAAUUGCAAGAAACAGCACGCAAGGUAGCCAAGGUCCAGCUCGAGUGCAAGGUUCAGAUUGAUGUCGAGAAUUUCGUAAGUUCUUUCAGACCAGAUAUUAUGGAAGCUGUUUACGCCUGGGCCAAAGGGUCCAAAUUCUACGAAAUAAUGGAAAUGACACCGGUCUUCGAGGGCAGCCUUAUCCGCGCAAUCAGGAGAUUGGAAGAAGUCCUUCAGCAGCUAAUUCAAGCAGCAAAAUCCAUCGGCGAGACAGAUCUUGAAGCGAAAUUUGAGGAUGCCGUUGGCAAGAUCAAGAGAGACAUUGUCUUCGCCGCAUCAUUGUACCUGUAAGCCUACAUAUGUUAAAUGCUACGACACUUUUUGGUAAUUGGGGAGCAGCCAUGUUGCCGGAUGCAUGAUCUGAGAGAAUAUGUGCCGGCGUGAUUUAGUUUUUGCGCGUCGUAAAAAGUCACGAUGCCGUGUAGAUGUACAUGGAGGGAUUUUUGGUAACUAGGGCCCGUUCAUAUGCUGAUAUUAUUAUUUUUACUGGACAAUGAAUAGGUCAUAGUCACACUUGAAAUUUGCACACAUUAUUGUGUUGUAUCUUGAUUGAAGAUAUAUAUAUAUAUAUAUAUAUGGUGAAAUGUUUUUAAUCUCUUUGUUAGAAGUUUCUUUCCCAUGUGCCCUAUUCAUUGUAAUUUCACGCUACCCAAUGCUGUUGUUAAUGUUUGUAUGGGAGUUUGGAUUUCGGU